AUGACUGACUGUGUGGGCGCAUCCUCCAGCCUGGUGGUGAAGUUUGCCGACACCGACAAGGAGCGCACCAUCCGCCGCAUGCAGCAGAUGGUCGGACAGUUUGGCAUCUUCAACCCAGCCAUCGCCCUGCCAUUCAGCACCUACAGCACCUACGCACAUGCAGGCUGUGAGUUAACUAACACAACCCAUUACCCCUCUUACCCCUCAACACCCCCAGAGCAGGGCUUGCAGGGCUGUGAGUUAACUAACACAACCCAUUACCCCUCUUACCCCUCAACACCCCCAGAGCAGGGCUGGCAGGGAGGGCAGGGCACCAUCCACACAUGGCAGACCCCAGGCUCUUUGAUGAGCCCACCUGUCCAGUGCUGCUCCACUCCCACCUCCUCUCCCCAGGGCCCCAGAGCUGCAUCAGGGGCCAGAGAUGAUUCAGAAUAUUACAUAGGAAUCGCACUGCUGCAGCAUGACAAUGAGCUCAUGCAGCAACAGGCAGCCAUCAUGGCAGCGAGCCACGGGGGCUACCUGACUCCCAGCGUGGCCUUCCCCGCCACCCAGAUUCACCAGAUGGGGGCUCUCAACAUCAAUGGUCUCCCACACAACUCCAUGACCCCAGUAUCGGCUGAAUUUCAUCAGGCGCUGGGCCUCAGCUCUCCACCAGCCAACAUUACCACUCCCAACAUCGUCACUCCCAUCGUCAACGGCUUCACGGGUAUCCCCCACCAUCAGCCCAACGGACAUCCCACCAUUGAGACCAUGUAUACCAACGGUCUCUCGCCCUACUCCACCCAGAGCCCCAACGCCGCAGACACCCUCCAGCAAGCCUUCACCGGAGUACAGCAAUACACAGCUAUCUACCCAGCCGGCACACUGACUCCCAUAGGUCAGACACUGCCUCAGCCAUCACAGGUCAUCCAGCAGCAGCAACAGAGAGAAGGUUAA